CAACUUCCUGUGCUCUGUUUGGCUUUGCUGAUGUGUUGUGUUAUGUUUUUGGCUCGAUUGUCGUUUAAUGGCUAAUAAUCAUUAAGUUCCGCACAAUGACUGAGAAAUUCAAUGGUUUUAGCCACGAUGAAAUCCUCAAGAUAACAGGCGUGAAGGAGGGGGGCGUGGGAAAGAGAGCGGCAAAUCUGGAAGCAGCAAAGCAGGCGCUCCGGAAUCAACCCGGCAUACGGCGUAUGCCCGACAAAGUCUUCCGUCAAGCAGAUCAAUUACGGAAGCAACAGCAGCAGCAGCAACAACAGCAGCCCAUCCAAAAACCGGAUGUACCAAAGAAGUCCAAAGCGGAAACGGUGACUCCCACGGAAAAGCCAAAAACUCCCACAACGGAAGAUGACGUAGCUCAUGGAUCGCUGAAUUUGGACCGCGCUCUUUCCGAUUCAUUAAUGGAGGCACUCUACCAUGGGCAUGCUACAGCUAAAGAUAACAAACCUACUGCCACGUAUACGGAUGCUGAGGCCACCUCUACCGACGACAGUUCGAUUCUGAAGAUAAGUGGCGGUGAUAGCCAGUCCGUGGAUGAUGCCAGUAUCCUGCCGAGCAGUAAGGAGUCUUCCUCGCGGGAGCGCCUUAACACAGACUCACCAUUUAAGGGUAUCUCUCUAAAGGAUUUCGAGCAGCAUCGUCGAAUGAUCGAGGAGCAGAACAAGCAGAAGAAGCAAAUGCUAUACCAGGCUAUCGAGCAGCACACCCAGAAGACGGCGGCGGAGUCACGAAAGAUCGAGGAGAUCCGCCAUGAGUUGUCUAAGCUGGAGAGCGAUCUGGCCGUGGACGUGGCCCUGCUAAGAAAGCAGAUCGACAAUGCCUGCAUACAUUUCUCCAAUGUAGAAAAACAAUAUGUCAAGAUUGAAGCUCAAUUUCUGCGGGCAAAGAUAGAACUACACAAUGCCUCGGAAAAGAAGGAGCUGCUCACUGAACAUCUUUGCACCGUGAUUGCCCACAACGAGGACAGGAAGGCACAGAAGCUCACGGAACUUAUGCAGAAAGUGGGCCUGGCGCCAACCGAUGAUUGUCAACCUAUUAACAUAACAUCUCCCAAUCAGAGUGUCGAUUGAGUCUAAUUCGUUUGGUUAUUUUGAAUAUUCAGCCCUGUUUCCCCUUAUUUGACCAAUAGUUUACAUUUUGUUCUCGCUCCAAACAGAUAUCAGUUAAAAUAUUGAUAUAUAUUAAUUGUAAUUUUGAAAACAAAUUCGAAUUGUAAAUUGAAGCAGGGCUGAUAUAUGUUAUAUGCUCUCUAAUAUUAGUGUGUAAUUACUGUUCAUAGUGUAAGUAAAAAAGUGCAAAUUGCAAUAAACUAUGUAUAUGUUAUGUGUAAAA